CACGCACCGACCUCCGGAAGGAUUUUCCUGCAUGUCAAAUAGCUUCGGAACCAACAUGGAUAUCCCAGAGGUAUCCUAAAUUUAGUUUGCGUACGAUGGACGACGCAAGCAGUGGCAACACCAAGCCUCGGUCGCCGGCGGUGCAGCGCCGGUCACGGGACAAGCCACUUAGCGUGCAGCUCUCUCCGCGCCAUGGCGCCACCAGAGCAAGCAGCGUGACCAAGUCGUCGGCGGCGCCCGAAAUCACGCAGGACGAGUACUUUCGGCUCCUACGCAAAACGGAUGUGCUUGGGUACCUCCUUCGUGUCAAUGACGACCUUGAGACCAAGGAGGCGCGUCUUGAAAGCGCCGAAAUCGACAACGCCAAGCUCACGACCGUUCAAAAGUUUCUCGUCGUCGAGCACGAGAUGCUAAAGGCCAAGUGGCAUGAGACGAAGCGGCUCUUCGCCGACCAUCUCUGCGACCUAACGCAUGCGUGCCUCGAGGAAGAGGCCUUGCAGACGGGCCACGCCGCCGCAGCGGCCAAGGCAUUUUCAGCGGCUCAAAGCCGCGUCCGCUUUACCAACGACGUCCACCGCGCGGCCACGAGCCUGCACGGCCACGACGACGAGAGCGCCACCGCGCUGGCCAAAGUCGGGAAGGACCGCCUCGCGCAAGUCGCGGCCAUCUGCGUUGCCUACCGAAAGGAGCUCUCUCGCGUCGAGACGCUGGCGUUCGAGCAGGAAAGCAAAGGCGCCGCCGCGCACUCGACCGAACACCUCUACACCGAGUCGGUCGAGUCGGAGCUCGCGACUGUGCAAUGCGAAAAGGCGCAAUUGGCCGACCGCAUGCACCUCGUCGCCAAGCAAAACGAAGCGCUCCAAGCUCAAGUCGCGUCGCUACAUGAAGAGCUUGAGACGCACAAGCGGCAAGAACGUCUUUUGCGCGCCCAGUGGGGCGAUCAAGAACGCAAUGUUCUACAGCUCUUGGCGACGGUCAAGAGCGACAUCCGGAAACGCUUUGGGUUUGUUCCCCCCGCGCUUGAGCAUUUUGCGUUCACGCCACAGCAUGCACCACCUUCGCUUGCGGCGAUGAACCAGUAGAACGGCAAACUCGAUUUUUAAAUAUAGACAAUACAUGCGUUUUGAGACUCUUGCAA